AUGGCCCUUCCUGUCGUGAUACUUGGUCAGAAGCAAGACCACGGGGUCCGGAUGCAUCAUAUCUCCCUCGAUCGAUGCUUCACCUGGGCGAAGACCUCGGAGGGUCAUCGACUUGUCCCAUACCUCGCUGGCUGGGGCUACGCGCGUAUAUCGAUGGUAGAACUGUGCUCGCUAAUGAUGAUGACACGGCGUAGUUCUGCUGGAAAUCGGCUAUGGCGGACCAUCAGCAGUAUCUUCAAGAAAGAGGUCGACAAAGUGGCAAGUAGCGGGAAAUUGCCGGAACCAGUGAGGAUAAGGAAAGCCUUGCUCGAUAGAGCCAGGGAAGAUAUCCCCAGGGAGAUGGGAGAGAGCUAUGCACGAGCAGUGGCAAGAUGUCUGCUUCCGAAGACGGAGGCUCAGACACUUCGUCAACAGCGAGGCUCCAUUGCUAAGAUUCUUGAGGUCUAG